AUGGCAACGACCUAUGAGGGAGCGUUUCUGGAGCCCAGGAGCCGCCGGUCGAGAGCCCAGGAGCCGCGCAUCGAGAGCCCAGGAGCCGCCGGUCGAGAGCCCAGGAGCCGCGCAUCGAGAACGCAGAGACACCCUGAGUUUGGGAUCGAGACGCGAGUUCCAGAAUGCGCUACAAUGGUUCUCCGCUGGCUUCCUGUAUUGUGCUCAUUGGCCGCCAUGAACCUGCUGGCCUCCGAGACCAAAAAGCUGACGCUCAUCAGCCGCCAGGAGCUUUACGACCGUCUCGCUAACAAACACCUGCUGGAAGGGAACCGGCUGGAGCAGCUGCAGAACGUCCCGCGCGGCGGGGUCUCUCCCGAACUCUUGGCCAAGGACUGCAGGUCUGCCUUCCUCAACGGGCGAAGAGCGAGCGGCUUAUACGCCAUCCAGCCCAAGGACUCCCCGCCUAUGGCGGUCUAUUGUGACCUCCGUCCAGACGGUGGAGGCUGGACCCUCCUGCAAAGAAACACGCGUGGAAACGGGGUCUUCUCCGGACCCUCCGCCUGGAGCUCGUACCGGAGCGGAUUCGGCAAUCUGACGGGCGAUCACUGGCUGGGCAACGAGCUCAUCUAUCUCCUCACCAGGCAGAACAGCUUCGCCGUCCGCUUCCUCCUGGUCGACGCUUCGGGCAACGAGCACCGAGCCGAUUACCACAGCUUCCGGGUGGACAGCGAGGCUAACGGCUACGCCCUGAGAUUAGGAGACUACAGCGGUGACGCGGGCGACGCCAUGACCGUCACGAACGAGACGGGCACCCACGACAACAUGAAAUUUAGCACCGCCGACCGAGACAACGACCGCUUCCCUAAGAACUGCGCCGAGGAGCACGGCGGGGGCUGGUGGUUCGAUAACUGCGGCUCCAACUUUCUCAACAGUCACAGCGACAUUUACUGGAGGGGCCUGUGCGGCCGAGACAAUCCGUGCAUCGCCUCCAGCAUCAUGAUCCAACCCGGCAGGAAAAACUGCUCCACGCUGCCGGCGCCUCUACCCGGGGACCAUUACCCCAUUCACACAGGCAGCGAGUGAGCAGCCGGCGGGGCCGAGAUCCGGUGACCUGAGCCGUGAAUCAUAAAAUAAACAAAAUAAUCGAAAUAAAACAUGUCGUAUUAUCA